AUGGAAGCUUUACUUGCAUGCCGAUGGCGCCGCAUAGCUGCCAAGCAAGGAAAGUUUCCGGCGGUGGCCAUUGCUGCCAUUUUUCUGGGAGCCGUUCGUCCGACUUACGUGCUGAACAGGCCUUUCUCUCGACGGGGGGCCCUGGGCGUUCUUGGAGCAGGCGUUGCGAUCGCAGAGGAGCCGGUAUUUGCGGACUAUUCUCCAGAAAGCCGAGACAGUGUCUUGCUAUUUUCGAAUGCGGUUGCAGCAUCAAAAGCGCAAACGUUCAGGACACGUCUGUUUGCCACGUUUGAUACAUCUUGA